CGUCUUGAUCGCCACCGUGAGGUUUCGCUGCUCGUAAUGAACAGCUGUGCUCCAUGACAAUGACUGGUUCAUUUGCCAACCUGCCGCUGCCAGUGUCAGUCCCAUCCCAUCCCAUUCCAUUCCUCAUUUUUGGGACAGGCACACCCCUUCGGGAGCCUCGCACAUCUACAGGCAAAUAGACAAGCGCGUCGCAGGAAAGAAAAACUCGUGAAAGUCCAUCCGGAUGUGGAAGAGCGGGAGCUGGGCGCCUGCGUGUUGAUACGAGAGGGGCGCACUCGGUGCGUUUGCGCUUCUUCUGUGGACGGUGCACCCCCACAGGAUGGCUUCUAAACUUCUGCACAAGAUCCGGCACAGUUUAUUUAAGGAAGAGACACCAGAGACAGAUUUGAGCGCUGCAGCGGAGGAUUGCCCAGAGAUCUCAGAGCUAGAUGAUGAUACAGAAGGACUAUCUUCCAGGCUAAGUGGGACACUAAGUUUUGAGGGUGAACAAAAUGUCAAACAUGAAGAUGAAGGAGGAAGUUCAGAGCCUGAAAGCGAUUUGGAUGUUUUAGAGGAGUCCUUGGAAAAUGAUUCAGAAGGGACAGGUUUUCCAGCAGGUCAACAACCACAACCCUUGCUAACUGUGCAGCUGCAAGAAAAGUGGCGCAGGAGUCGUACACGCAGCAUACCAGAGAAAGUGAUUUUUGAGGUAACCAAUGCUACUGUUGUACAGGAUCAUAGCUCUAAAUUUGUGCUCUACACUAUUCAUGUAAUCAAAUCAGGACAGUUUGAUAAAUGCCCAGGCAUAAUCACUCGACGCUAUACAGAUUUUGCAAAGCUGCACAGCCACUUGAGGAAACACAACAAGGAGGACAUGGAGGGUAUAGUCUUUCCACGCAAAAAGCUGCGUAGAAACUUUGCAGCAGAGACGAUAGGCAAACGCAGCCGAGCCUUUGAACAGUACCUUGCACACCUAUAUUCAAUAGCAGAUCUACGCCGCUCCCCAGUCUUCCUUGACUUCUUUUUCUUUAGGGACUUGGUAGAGGGACAGAGUUUGCUUAGAGCAGGCCAGUAUGAAGAAGCCUUACGGUGCUUUGUGAACGCCAUGAAUCUGCAAGAAAAGCUAGGCUCCUGGCAGCAAGGCAAUUGGCUUUUUACACUGGCUUCUAUAGUGGCUAGUUUUCAGGAGCUUGAGCAGUUGGAAGAAGCACAGGAAUACUGUGAACGAGCACUCGGAGAUCUGUCCACACAUCAAGAAGAAAAGCAUCCCUUGCUUGUGCCACUACUCCAAGCAAAUGUCCGUCUCUCUUGGAAAAUCUCCAAGGACAAACGUCACUCCGAAGCUCACCUACAGAAACUGCGGGACUCGGGAGUGGAUGUGGGUAACCAACCCUCUCUCAAGGAAUACCUAAUAAAGGAAUCAUUAGAGAGUAAGAAAUAAUCUCCAGCAAAGGAAGCCUCAUUAACAGCUGCACUAAUCUACAGCACUGAGUAAGUCUGAGCCUUACUCAAAGAUUUCCAUUUCAGCACUACUUUAGUAAGGAUCUGUGCAAUGUAAUUAAGUAGAAACUGAAAAUCAUUAAUGCACUCAGGAUUCCCACUUCAGACUAAGAAUUUCAUUUUAAAGUCUUUAGUACUUCAUUAUACUUCAAAGUCUGUAGGAUUAAUGUUCUGCAUUAUCUAUAUAAUAGACAUAAUACUAUAGCUGCAGAUCUAAAAGAAACACAUGACAAACUGAUUUGAGAUUAUAAAAAAAAAAAAAAAA